CUUCCCAUUGCUGUGCUCCAGCGCCCGGGAAGGGGAGUCUUCGGAGCAAGGGGGAGAAGGUAUUUUCUCAAUAUCCUAGCCUCUCACCAUGUCCGACCCCAUCACUCUGAACGUUGGAGGAAAGCUGUAUACUACCUCCCUGUCGACCUUGACCAGUUUUCCCAAUUCCAUGCUGGGAGCCAUGUUCAGUGGGAAGAUGCCCACCAAGAAAGACAGCCAAGGCAACUGCUUCAUUGACCGAGAUGGCAAGGUUUUUCGCUACAUCCUGAACUUCUUGAGAACUUCCCACCUGGACCUUCCUGAGGAUUUCCAAGAGAUGGGGCUGCUCCGGAGGGAAGCCGACUUCUACCAAGUGCAGCCUCUGAUUGAAGCACUUCAGGAAAAAGAGGUGGAGCUGUCCAAGGCAGAGAAGAACGCCAUGCUUAACAUUACCCUGAACAAGCAUGUGCAGAACAUCCACUUCACUGUCCGGGAAGCACCGCAGAUCUACAGCUUGUCCUCUUCAGACAUGGAGGUCUUCAACGCCAACAUCUUCAGCACAUCCAGCCUUUUCCUGAAGCUCUUGGGUUCCAAGCUCUUCUACUGCUUCAAUGGCAACCUGUCUUCCAUCUCCAGCUACUUGCAAGACCCAAACCACCUCACUUUGGAUUGGGUGGCCAGCGUGGAUGGCUUACCUGAAGAAGAAUACACUAAACAGAAUUUAAAAAGACUGUGGGUGGUGCCGGCCAACAAGCAGAUUAAUAGCUUCCAAGUGUUUGUGGAGGAGGUAUUGAAAAUCGCCCUCAGUGAUGGCUUUUGUGUGGAUUCUUCCCACCCGCACCUCUCUGAUUUUAUGAAUAAUAAGAUUAUUCGAUUAAUACGGUACAGGUAGAAUGGUACAGCUUCCAGCACAUAUGCAGUCUACACGAUAACACAAGGUCAGCAGAGUGUUUCUCUUAAAGCACCAGCUAUGAAACACUCACCAACAGUGUGAUACAGAAUCAUAUACUAAUAUGUAUUAAUCACUAAGCAGGAGUUGAUUUCCCCCCCCCUAUAAUGUAGCUAUCUCUAUGCCCUUUCAGAAUAUAUGUUCUCUAAUCAUAGGGAGCAUUCUUCUCCAGGUUUAUUAGGGUACCGCUAAUAUAUUACCAGGGAUGGAGGGUCUCCUGAUACUCUUUAGAGGAGACAACUGAUGGUCUUUAUGGCUGGGGAAAAGGAGCAUCAGACUCUCCCCAUUGGUUGCCUACCCAUCUCUACCAUUGUCUAGGACCUCAGUUAACUCAUCUAUGCUAAGGGAAAAUGCCAUGUUGGGCGGUGGGAGAGGGAGUGGAGGGGAACUAUGAAGCUUGUAAAAUCUAUUCACUGCUCCAGGAUUCUGGGAUUUAAGCGAGUUUUUCUCACCAAAGCAAGUGAAUUUCUGCAGCCCCAUAGUUAUUUACAUAGAAGACCAAACAUGAUUGGCUUCAUUGGAGCUUCAUAGAGAUUUUCUUUUUCAUCAAUAAUCUCCAGGGAAUGGGGCAGCUAGGUGGUGCAAUGGAUAGAGCACCAGUCCUGA